AUGGAGGACAGUGCUGGCCAAGUGCGCACCGUGCGCAUCUUGGGGCGCACUUUUCCCAGAGAGACAUUGAUGUGUCGUCUUUUCUAUUUAUGCUUUUUCGCUUCCUUCGGAUCUUUAUUCCCAUUGCUUGGAGUUUACUUCAAGCAACUUGGAAUGACUGCAACUCAAGCUGGACUUCUUCUUGGUUGUCGUCCGAUUGUCGAGUUGGCUUCACAUCCGUUUUGGGCUUCGUUUGCAUCUCGGUUCCGUAAAGAGAAAUUGUUGCUCCUUUUCUCACUCGGCUCGCUAAUCAUAUUUACGUUGGCUAUCGGACUAGUGCAACCAAUUACUCCAUUUUGUGUGGUUCUUAUGGAAACGGAAGAUGGUCGACCAGCUCCACCAACCGGCAAUGAGACUUGUGUGUCGAUGCUCUCACCACCCGGUGAAGUGAUUCGUGGUGGUGCGAUUGGGAUGUUGAAAGAAGUGGCAGGAUUAGGAAAAAAACGACGUGAAGCUCGACGAGAAGGCGGAAGAGAGGGAAAGCCUCGGAAAAUGAAGGCAUCCACAACUACAACCACAACCGCCGCGCCAAAAGCUAUUCUGGAAAGUAUCAUCGAUUUAUCGUCAGUUGAAAAGUCUGGUGUCGUUGGAAUUUCGCCGGUUUACAUCACAAAAGAAGAGGUUUGCAACUACGAUGAAGAAUCCUAUGGAAUCCUUGUAACUCCACCACAUUCGACUCGUGUCUAUCAACAAUCCCAUGUCGAGCAAGCAUUCAUGAUGUUACUCUUGUUGAUUGUUUUUGGGGAAUUUCUCUCUUCUCCAGCACUCAGUCUUGCCGAUACAGCCACUCUGAAUGCUUGUAAAGAUCAUCCACAAGAGUUCGGGAAAAUUCGAUUAUUCGGUUCAGUCGGAUGGGGAACAGCUAUGUUUAUCAUGGGAAUCGCACUCGAUUAUUCGGAUACAUUUCGAAAUCACCCGUGUCCGAUCAAAAAUUCAACCGAGAAGAACUAUGUCCUUUGCUUUGUGAUGUGUUCGGUGUUCAUGGUGGCCGCGAUGCUCGUUGCGACUCAACUCAAAUUUGGCACCGAAUCGAUGCGUCCAGAUGAGGCGGCUGGAUUGGCGAUGGAUGCACGAAGUGAAGAAGUCGCACCAGCUAUAGCCGAAAAAGCACGAAAUCGACAAGUACAAGCGGAUGCAACCGCUGAGAAUAGCCUGCUCACCGCGAUAAAAGCUCUCUUAAAUCUACAUAUUAUAAUCUUCUUUAUUCUCGUCACAAUAUUCGGAAUGGGAACUGGAAUUGUUUUCUCUUUCCUUUAUUGGACUCUCCAAGAUUUGGGCGGUUCUCCGUCACUUUUCGGAAUGCUUUCUGUAGUGAAUCAUGGCGGUGAAAUCAUUGUCUAUUUUUAUGCAUUCCGUAUAAUCAACAAAUUCGGACAUAUGAGAACAAUCUAUGGUUGUCUUCUUGUGAACACCGUUCGAUUCUUUAUUUUGGCUCUGAUCGACAAUGCCUUUUUGGCCAUUCCUUUGCAAGCUUUACAGGGUUUGGUAAUUGGAGUGCUAUGGGCCUGUGCCUCCUCAUACAUUUCCCUGAUCGCACCAGCUCAUGUGAAAUCGUCAGCACAACAGUUGUUGUUCUUACUGUAUCAAGGUGUCGGGAAAGGAAUUGGUUCAAUUCUUGGUGGCAUUUGUAUUCAGACAAUGGGUGCUCGUCCAUGCUUCGUUUUGUAUGGAAUUCUUUGCGCGAUCGCCGCUGGAGCUGGUUUUGCCAUCAAUAGAAAGUUCAAAUAUGAUGGAAUCAAAUACAAUGCGGGAAUGUUCGACGAUGAAGAGUGCGAUAUUUUAGCACCCCAAGGCGUUCCAUCAAUGCGCACGGACAUUCAUGAUGCAUUUGUCCCCCAGACUGCUGUUUCGAAUGUAAACUAUGGAGCAAUCGAUCCAACUCAAGAUGCUUAUGAUCGAUAUGUUAGCUCUGCACAA